UUUGCAAAACCCGUGCAAUAAUUUUACAAUGGUCAACACCCAAUCACUGUCGUACAGUUAUCAUGCAGAUGCAACGCUGUGAUUAAUGAUACCGACUAAACGUUACCGUAUAUGGCAGAGUUUCAUUUCCUUCCUGCCACUGAAUCUCCAGCUUCUCUGAUGGACUGAUACCCACUAAAAAUGCCAGGCAACAAGGCAACAAGGCAGUUCAUCCGGAAGAAGUCUUUCAUCACAGCAACUCAUCAACGGAACUGUUUCUCAGACGAAACAUCUCCCAUCUUCACACAUUCUCUUGAUUUCCAUCAACCAUCCUCCUUCCUUCCUUAUACCCUCCAUCAUACAUUUCCCUGCUUCCAUCACCAUGUUUGCAGCUCGUCAAGCUUUCAACGUCGCUCAGCGGAGAGCCUUCUCGGCUUCUUCCCGUCAGUCAUCUAAAGUCGCCGUCCUCGGUGCUGCCGGUGGCAUUGGCCAGCCCCUUUCUCUCCUCCUGAAGCUCAACCCUCGCGUCUCCGAGCUUGCCCUCUACGACAUCCGCCUCGGUCCUGGCGUCGCUGCCGAUGUCGGCCACAUCAACACCAAGAGCACGGUGACCGGCUAUGAUCCUACCCCGUCCGGCCUUAGGGACUGCCUGAGCGGCGCUGAGGUCGUUCUCAUUCCCGCUGGCGUCCCCCGCAAGCCUGGCAUGACCCGUGAUGAUCUGUUCAAUACCAACGCCUCCAUCGUCCGCGACCUCGCCAAGGCGACCGCCGAAGCGGCUCCCAACGCCAAUGUCCUCAUCAUCGCCAACCCGGUCAACUCUACCGUCCCGAUCACCGCCGAGGUGUUCAAGGCCCGAGGCGUCUACAACCCGCGCCGUCUCUUCGGUGUCACCACCCUCGAUGUCGUGCGCGCCUCCCGGUUCCUCUCGCAGAUCAAGGGCUCCGACCCAGCGAACGAGAGCAUCACCGUCGUCGGUGGCCACUCGGGCGCGACCAUCGUGCCAUUGUUGUCGCAGGCCGGAUACGAGCUGACGAAGGAGCAGCUGGAGGCCUACGUGAACCGCGUGCAAUUCGGCGGUGAUGAGGUCGUGAAGGCCAAGGAUGGCGCCGGGUCAGCGACGCUGAGCAUGGCCAUGGCCGGAGCUCGGUUCGCCGAGAGCCUUCUCAAGGCGGCGCAGGGCGAGAAGGGCGUGGUGGAGCCAACAUUCGUCGACUCGCCGCUCUACAAGAGCAAGGGAUGCGAUUACUUCGCCAGCAACGUCGAGCUCGGCCCCAACGGUGUGGAGAAGAUCCACGAGGUCGGCACCAUCACGCCGUACGAGCAGCAGCUACUCGACGUGUGCCUGGGCGAUCUUGCCAAGAACAUCGCGAAGGGCGUCCAGUUCGUCAAGGAGAACCCGUAAAUGGUCAAUAUGGGACGGCGAAGCACGCAGGGGAGCGACCGGUCCAAGACGGAAGAGGGACGAUUCGGUUCCCAGAUCUAUACAGAGAUUUUUUCUUAGCCCGGGCGUCCAAAGACAGCGCGUAUCAUAGAAGUUCGAUGCUGAAUGUCAUUAUACACGCUUACUCUAUUCUAUUGAAAC